AUGUGGCGAGCUUUAAGAGACUUCUUGCCAACAGACCAAGUGCUCUUUAAUCGGAGGAUUAGAACUUCUGCAAUUUGUCCUCGGUGUAAUACGGCUUCAGAGUCUUUUCUACAUGUGGUUGUAGAAUGUAAUAGUGUCAAAGAAAUAUGGACUGGGAUAGGUAUUUCCUGGGGUAGUAAUCUGAAUUUGGAGACUUUUUGGCAAUGGUUUUUUCACCUAGUCCAACAUAAGGAAGAGAGGAUCUGGGAAAAGGUUAUCAUAGCGAUUUGGGCAAUCUGGUGGGCUCGUAACAAACAAGUGAUGGAAGGUAUUUCAACAACAAAGCAGAAUUCAAUAGCAAAAAUCUUAAGUAUGGUUGAUGAAUUGAGAGUGUUAAAUGAGAAAUUACCUGUAGUGAAGGCGGUGGGUUCAGACUGUUGGAGACCUCCUCAAGUUUCGUGGGUUAAACUGAAUUUUGAUGCAGCCUACAAAAGCCAAACGAAGAGUUCAUGUUCGGGUUUUAUUAUUAGAAAUGAAAGAGGAAAGGUAAUUGGAAGUGGAGUUACUCACCAUGGCAAUAUCUUAGAUGCGUUCUUGGCAGAAGCUAUAGCCUGCUUUCAAAGGCUUCUUUUUGCUAAAGAGACCGGGUUUACCAAAGUGGAGGUAGAAGGGGACUCUAGGACGGUAAUUGAGAAAAUCAACCAGGAAGGUUUUGAUCGAGCAUAUUUGGAUUCUGUCAUUACAGAUAUCAAAUCAAUUGGGAGGACUUUUCAUCGAAUUAGAUUCAAACAUGCAAGAAGGGAAGCUAAUCGGGUGGCGCAUUUUAUUGCAAGGGAGGGGAAUAGCAAAUCGGAAAAUACCUUUUGGAUGGAGGACAUCUCGACGGCGGUGAGAGACAUGGUGAUUGCAGAGGAGACGAGAGAUACUUCCCAAACAAAUGACUGA